AUGGGACUACACAUGAAUGGGAGCGAUGAAGAAGUAAGCUAUGCAAAAAACUCCUCACUUCAGAGAAAGGUGAUUUCUUUGACAAAGCCUUUGAGAGAAGAAGCCAUAACAAAUCUGUACUGCGACACACUGCCCAAAAGUUUGGCAAUUGCAGACUUAGGUUGUUCUUCUGGACCAAACACUUUGUUAGUGAUCUCAGAAUUUAUCAAGGUCGUGGAAAAUCUUUGUCGAAAAUUUAAUCACAAAUCUCCUGAAUAUAAAGUCUUUAUGAACGAUCUAUCUGAAAACGAUUUCAACAGCGUAUUUAAGUCUCUUGACACCUUCAAAGAAAACCUAUACCAUGAAAUGAAAACUGAAAUAGGUCCUUGCUAUUUCUUUGGGGCUCCUGGUUCCUUUUAUGGAAGAAUUUUUCCAGAUAAAAGUUUGCAUUUUGUUCAUUCCUCUUACGGUCUUCAUUGGCUUUCAAAGGUUUUUUUUAUUUUUUUUAUGAUCAUUAACUAUAUUUACCUGUCAAGCACAAGUCCUUCAAAUGUCCUCAAAGUUUACUAUGAGCAAUUUCAAAGAGAUUUUUCUCUUUUUCUCGAGUGUCGUGCCAAAGAAUUAGUUGAAGGUGGUUGUAUGAUUCUAACAAUUCCAGGUAGAAAAGUUGAUGAUCCAUCAAAUAAAGAGUGUUGUUACAUUUGGGAUCUCAUGUCAAUAAUUCUUAAUGACAUGGUUUUGGAGGGAAUCAUUAGCAAAGAGAAACUUGAUACUUUCAACAUUUCAGUAUAUUAUCCUUCUCCAUUUGAAGUGAAUAAGAAAGUUCUCGAGGAAGGAUCAUUCACAAUUAAUAAACUGGAGAUUUCUGAAGUGAAUUGGAAUACUCUUGAUCAUUGGGAAGCUUUGGACAUUGGAUCUGAAAUGUCAAAAUCAUUCAAAGACGAUGGAUACAAUAUGGCACAAUGCGUUAGGGCUGGGAUUGAAUCUUUACUAGUUUGUCACUUUGGCAAGAGUGUGAUUGAAGAGAUAUUUGACCGCUAUAAAAAUCUUUUAAGUGAUCGAAUGUCUAAGGAGAGAACUAAGUUCACCAAUCUUACCUUAUUGUUGACUAGAAAUCCAUGA